GUCCAGCGCCCUGUGCGUCUCUCGGCAUCCCUGCAACCCAGUCUCUCGGCAUCCCCGCAACCGAGUCUCUCAGGUCUCCCCAGAUCUGCGCCUCCGUCCACUCUCAAGAUUUCUCCAACAAAGACCCCACCCAACCUCUUGACAGCGAGGACGCGACUGGAAACCGGAAUUCCCCAUUCUUGCCCGGACUCGCGCAAAGAAGCUCCGCAUUCAUCUAUGCAUGCCUAAACAUGUACUUUAUAUAUAUAUAUAUAUAUAUAUACAUGUUUGUUUGUGUACAACGAUCUCUCUGUAUUCCUGCGUAGCUAAAUGUCAGUAUAUGUAUGUGGUUUUUCUGGAUGUCUUGUCUGCAGGUUCAUGUUGAUCUGUAUUUCAGCAUGGCUGUGCAUACUUCGUCUAUGCGUAUGGAAGGAGAAAAGAGUACAACGAUGCAAGUGUAACUGUGUGCAGGCAUCUGUAUCCGUGGACUGUGGCGCCGCCGUUUCCUCGGCACCGCCAUGAAUCCGAGCUCUUCGUUUCUCCGGUCCUCCUCCACGCCGACGGUGUGUCUGCCGGUCUUCCUCAUCUUUUCACACGAGAAGCGACCUUUCUUUUUCUCUCCUUUCUCCGCGAAAGAACAGACAGACGCAAGAAGAAAACUCCCGCGGAGCCGCUGCUCCAUCCUGGCGUGACUGUUCGAUCCGCGCCACUUGCAUGCGGACGGAGACAGGAAGGACAAGAGGGACGCGCCGCACAGUCUGGAGACGAAGCGCCGGAGUCUCGAGAAGACGUUCCGACCCAGCAUGGCUCGCGUGAAGGCGAAGACCUCGACGAAGCGCGCGCAGCCGCGAGCCUCUGCUGCGCAAGUUCCUGUCGCGCGUCGCGACGCGCGCGGACAGGCUCAUGCCUCGCGACUGUUGUGCAAACGAGGCAGGCGAGUCGGCGGAACGGAGAGAGAAGAGAAGAGAGGGCCUCUGCGAAGACUCUCUGAGGCGCGUACAGAUCCGCGCGGGUCGCCGAGCUCCAGUGUCUCUCCAGGUCUCGCGAAGAAGCGCAUUAGGCGUCCGCUUUCGCCGAGAAGAGCUUCGCGCUUGGCCGCUCUUGCGCGCCGCAACGUUUUCACGAGGGCGCACCCCAGAGGCUGCAGCCGCGGUCGGGAGCUUCCAGACGCGAAUGAGGCCUCUGGAGAGGAAACGAGGGAAGGAGCGUUCUUUUCAGACGGGGAGGAAGACGCGUCUGAAGAUCAGAAGACCCGUUUGCGUGAGAGACGGAGGGGAGAUGCGUCGAAGUCGACAGACGCUUCUUUCGAACUGGGUGGAAAACGCGACGAACGCAUGCCCACACCCGCCGAGAGCCUCCACACAGACGCGUCUGUCUCGGCAUCUUCGUCUUCUUCUUCGUCUGUUUCCUCCUCGCUUUCCUCGUCUCUGUUCGCGGAGGAAGUGCCAAGAGGCUGGACGGCUUCGAAGGUCCACCAGCCGCGAGGCUGCGGCCCAGCGAGGAGUCUGAAGGAACGGAGUCCGCUCUUUCCUGGGCAAAACGAAGUCCCCCCGGAGAAGCUCGCAAGGAGUCCACGCCGGUGGACUCCAGGCUACGCAGCCGCAGUCGAAGACUCUGACUGUACGUACACCGGAGCGUGGUGCGAGUACCGGCGCGACGGGUCGAACGCACCGGCGCUGCCUGCCGCCUGUGUCGCAGGCUGGUUUUCGGCCUGUGCGCGUUGCGGAGCUUCUCGGCGGAUGUCGCCGACUCUUUCGCUUCCUUUCGAGGGUGACGACGCGCCUCGAGCUGUCGUGAGCUCCCUCUCUCGCUCCUCAGGUCCCGCUGUCUCUCUCGCCUGCGCAUGCGGUCCAGACGGCGCCUCUGGCGACGCUGAGCUCCUUGCAGACUCCCGCGCGAGCGGCGACACCGCAGAGGAAGCCGUCACGCGACGCUGGAGGCGCGGCUCGUUCGGCCGUCCAUCCUCCUGGGGAGAAGAAGGAGACGGAGAAGAGGGAGAAGAAGGAGAAGAAGGAGAAGAAGGAGAAGGUUUGCGAGGCAGAAAGAGACUCCGCAUCCUGAGUGUGGACGCGAGUGGAGGGUAUGGAGUCUCGGGAGUCAUCACGGUGAUUGACGAAGCUGCGUUCGAGAGGCGGCUCGCGGAUGAGCUGCUCAGGCGCCAGUUGGCGGCGCUUGGACAGACGCCUACGGCUGCAUGCCGGGAGUCAAACAAGCCGCGGCAAGUGCAUGCGCAGACGCAUACGCGAGAAGAGGGAGACCAAGAGAGAGAAGAGAGAGAAGAGAGAGACCAAGAGAGCGAACAAGAAAGAGAAGACGACAGAGAGACCGAACCCCCAGCGGCGUCUAAGGGUGAGGUGCGAAGCAGCUGUAGUGUUGGAGCGUCGUCCGCGUCGCUUUUCCGCGAGGACAUGGAAAUCGUCUCAGGCGUUUUCGAGUCGAGUGAGGCGUUGGAGGCCUUCGCGGACGACGGCGAGGCCGUGGGGGCUCUCCUUGGAAGCCGCGAGUCCGAAUCUUCACCUUCCGUCCCCGACAAAUCCCGGACGUCUCACCUGGACACAGACUGCGAUCCUUCUGCUUCUUCUUCUCGCUCUGCGUCGGGUGACCAGCGCCUGGAGUGCGAGAGUUGCCCAGAGAGGCGGACAAAAGAGAGGCGGACUCUGUUUUCUCGAGCGUCUCCCUCUUCGUUCCAGUCGCUGCAUGCGCCGGGCGCCCACCACCGUCGCAUGCUCUGCGAGUUCCUGCUCCGGGUGGCGACGAGAAGGGAGCAGCUUGAGCGCCUCGGCAGGCGUCUCGCGGUUGUGCCUCUCCCGCAGCUGUCCAUGGAGGCAGUCGAGGCCGCACAGCGCCGCUCUGAGCGAGGAGACGCGAGAUACAUGCGUGAAAGCCUCGCGGGGACUUCGCUUUCUUUCUCCAAGGGUGCUGCUCCAGUCCACCGCGACUGUCGAGGCGGCAACUAUACAGACGCCGAGGUUUCCUUUGCGACGCCGAGGCGAGAAGGAGAACAAGCGGCUCUUGGGUCUGUCGACGCGAGAGACAACGCGCUCUGUGCGUCCUUGUCGUCUGCACCCUCCACUUCUUCUCUCGCGUCUUCAGCGCCUUCUUCUCCGCUUCCUUCAGCUUCUUCUCUCGCUUCUUCAAUUCCUUCUUCUCCGCUUCCUUCUGUGUGUUCUGGUUCUUCUCUGCCUUCCUCUCCUCUCCCGUCAACGUUGCUUUCUUCCUCGUUUCUCCCUGCUCUUCCGCCGCUAUCGAGCGAGGCCAAUGGAUGCUCGUGGGGGGCGGCGACGUCGACUGUCGCAGUCGAUUCUGGAAAAUGUUCGAGUUCUCUCGUUAAGCCGACGGAGUCUCUUAUUAACGUUCCUCGCGUUGUUUCAUCUGCCUCGACGGUUCUCUCUGGCGAGCUCGAGUCCGACCGCAUCGACUCUUCCGACGCCCCGUCUCCCUCCUUCGAGAAAAACUCGCCUGCGACUGGACCUGUGAAACAGCCUUUCUCUUCCGCCGUACCGGACUCUCCUCUCUUUGCUUCUCUCCCUUCUUCACCGCCGUCUUCGCUGUCGUCUUCGCCUUCUUUUCCGUCAUUACACGCAGCGCCUGGCGUCGGCCGGCUUGCGGCGCGCGGGAGCGCUCGAGUCCCAGGCGCUGGCGCCGCCAACGAAGAGACAGCAGAGACUGCCGGCGAGAAACGAGACAGAGAGACGGAAGCGAGUGCUCGCAAGAAAGGAGAUUCCGGCGGAGAAGAAGUUGCAAGAAGCGAUCCAUGCAGGGGGAAACGCGAGAGCGAGGGAGGAGACAGACGAGACACCGAAAGAGGCGAGAGACAUCGGGGAAGCGAGACGGAGGGUGUCGGAAGAGAAAGAGAGCGUCCCUGCGCUGGAACGCUCUUUGAUGAUUUCAUCAGGUCUUUCGAAAGAAGGCAACGCGCAGCCGAACUCGCGAGAUGGCGAGAUGUCGAAGAAUCUUUUGCGUGGUUACACUCGGGAUAGUCUUGUUUUCGUUUUCUCUCCUUUCACCGUUUCGCGCUUUUCUCGACGCCCGUUCUUCCCCAUGCCCUCUCCAUAUUAUAUCCUUCUUCUCUGUCUCUGUCUGUGUCUGUGUCUCUGUCUCCUUCCUUCUACCUCUCUACCUCGCUGUCUCUCUUCACCCAUCUCUCUUGUGUCUCUGUCUCUCGCUCUCCCUUGCCCUUUCUUUCCUUCUGUGUCUCUCACCCUGCCCUUCUCUCUCCGUCCGUCUAUCGCCUUCUCUUAGCAGCAGCCGCGCUCUGCGCAGGCGCUUCUCCAAGCAUGUCGCAACUCUCUGCAUGCGCGGUUUCGAUUGUCUCAAGCGCAGAUGCGCCUCCGACAGCCGCGCGCGCCUCGGCUUGUGCAGUGUUCGCUUUCUGACAAAGAGAGACAGCUCCGCGUUCCGUUUCCUCCGUCUCUGCAUGCAUGCGUUUCUCCUCUGAGACCCCGAAGAAUCGCAACGACUGCAGGGACGCUGCAGAGCACAGC